CUACACUACAUUCAUGAUUCAUACAACACUCCAGGGUUUAGCCUAGGGUUUUUUUUCCCCUCUAGUUCCCAUUGCACAUUUGCACCCAAAAACCCAAGAAGAAGAAGAAGAAGCAAAGAAAACGAUGUGGUACCUUUGCUUCUUCUUCCACAGAUUACUGGACUACAGAAAAGCCGAGGUCGAAUCACUAGCCCAACUCUUCUGCUCCGAAGAAGAACUUCACGAUUUGCAAUGGAGGCUCCCAUUGCACCACCACCAAGACUCCCCCUUUCACUUCGUCAAUCUCCCCUCCGAGGAAGUCGCCACCAAAAUCGCCAAUCGCAGCAUACUAGUCAAAGGAAUGUAUGAACUUUGGGGAGAAGGAGGUAGCUAUGAGGAGCUUGAGGAGUCUAUACGAAAUUACCCAGAUGAGCGGAAGUUGCCGUACCUAGAGUCAGAUAGUACUUUCAAGAUUAAUGUGGACACAUUUGGAAAGGUUCUCAGCCUCCAGGAGCAAACCCAACGCAUUACGGGGUUUCACUACAUCCCUUUCAAGGGUCGAGUUAAUUUGAGAAAUCCAGAGCACAAGUUCUGGCUCAUGGAAACUGAUAAUUAUGGAGCGAACAAUGGUCUUCCACCAAUUGUUGAAAGAAGAAUCUUUUUUGGUCGGGAGAUUGGCGGUGCUGAUAGAAAGCUAUUGCCAACUUAUGAACUGAAAAGCCGCACUUAUCUGGGCCCAACAGCCAUGGAUGCAGAAAUCGCAUUCCUGAUGGCGAACCAAGCAUUAGCCACACCAGGGAAGCUUUUUUUCGACCCUUUUGUUGGCACUGGGAGUAUUCUUAUAGCCGCUGCUCAUUAUGGAGCAAUGACAAUGGGUGCAGAUAUUGAUAUCAGGGUGGUACGUGAUGGGAAAGGCCCUGAUUGUAACGUUUGGAGCAAUUUCAAGCAGUAUGGACUACCCAUGCCGAUUGCUUUGUUAAGGGCAGAUAAUAAUCUUCCUCCUUGGCGUUCUGGGUUGAAAGAGGUAUUUGAUGCCAUAAUCUGUGACCCUCCUUACGGUGUUCGUGCCGGUGGGCGCAAAUCCGGUGGCCGGAAGUUGCUUAAAGGGGUUGUUGGCCCUUACACUGUACCUGAUGACAAGAGAACAGGCCACAUACCAUCAACUGGUGCUUACACCUUGGUUGAGUGCGUGCAUGAUUUGCUUGACCUGGCUGCCAGGAUGCUUGUAAUGGGUGGAAGGCUUGUGUUCUUCUAUCCUGUUUUGCGAGAAGACGAAAAUGCAGAAACCCAUUUCCCAGAGCACCCGUGUUUCAAAUUGAUUGCUUCUUCUGAGCAGAUUCUGAGCUCACGAUAUAGUCGAGUGUUACUAACCAUGGUUAAGACAAGUCAAUACACCGAAGAAGUUGCAGAAGCAGCCAGAAUUAAGCACAUCGACUUCAAAGAGAACCAUCUAAAGUGGUUAGAAGAUGGAAACCUUCAUUCUGCAGUUUUCAGUCCUGCCGAUGCUCAAUUAAAUGGGACCGGUGAUGCUAAAGCCACCAAAGAGCAAAAGCCGAAGUACAGGGGGAAAUAUGUAUAG